AUGGAAGAACCAAUCUUUAUCAAUAACACUACUUUGGUUUUUCUCUCACUUCCUAAUAACACAACAGAAAAAUUAUUAGGAAUUGCUUUAAAAGACUACGUUGUUACAAUUAAACAAAUACAUGUCGUUGGUCCAUUAGCUUAUGUUGAAUUUAAAACACAUCAGCAAGCACUUAAAGUACAUCAACAAAGAAGCCAUAUUGAAGUAAAAAAGAAAAAAAUUAUAAUAUGUUGGAAGUUAACAAAAGAAGUAAAAGAGAGAAAUGAAUAUAAUUACGAUCUUUAUGGAUUAAAAGAUGAUAUAACUGAUGAGUCAUUACAACUCUAUUUUGAAAAUAAGGUGAAUAUUUUAACAUUACUAGUUGGAAAAAAUGUUCAUGGAAAUUAUGCUCUUAUGAAAGUAAACAGUCAACAAGAAGGAGAGUGGUUAUUUGAAAAUAAAGACAUUAUUCAAAAAGAUAUUGGUACAGAUAGGUUUGAAUUAAAAGUUCAUCAAAUUAAACAAGAUGAUAAAACAAAUGUGUUAGUAAAAAAUAUACAUAAAGACUUAACUGAAACUGAUGAGUUAAUAAAUUAUUUUUCAUCAUUUGGAGAAAUUGAUUCAUUAAAGUUAACUGAAGUUAAUGAAAAAUACAAUACAAAAGCAUUAUUUAUUAAAUACAAAAGAGAAGAAUCUGCAAAUAAAAUGAUUGAAACAGUAAAUGGUAAAGACAUAUUUUCAUCUGGUUUACCUUUAAUAGCAGAAUUAUUAAAAAGUAAAAAAGAUUAUAAAUCUGAGAAGAAUAAAACAUAUUAUGAUAAACGUAGAAUGAUAGAGACAGAUUUAAAAACAAAUAAUCUUUUUAUUAAAAAUAUCCCAAAACAACUUCUUUCAAGAGAAGCUUUUAAAAAUUAUUUUGCUCAAUACGGAGAAUUAUUUGAUUAUAAACUACUUAUUGAUAAAAGAAUUGGUUAUAUUUGUUAUAAUGAAUAUGACAAAGCUUGUGAUUGUGUUGCUGGAAAUCAUGGUAAAAUGGUGGUUCUCUUCAAAACCCAAUUAUACAAAGAUCCUGUUGUUGAUAUGUUGCCUUUUGCUAAACUUCCAUUUAACUGA